AUGGAGAACAAGACUGUAUUAUCUCCUUUGAUAAUUCUGACAUCAAUGAAAAAUUCAGGAAUUAAUAAAUCUCUAGGGCUGAGGAGGAAAUCAACUAACUUUCCAAUUCCGAAGACUUCCCUCUUCAAUCAUAAGCAUCCCAAAGUUGCUGAUAUGGUGAAUACAGCAAUUUCAAAUUUAAACGAACAAGGCGGUUCUUCUCUUCAUGCGAUUAAAAAAUACGUUUCUGGAACUUUUCACAUUGAUACGAAGAUUCAGGCACCAUUUAUAAAAAAAUAUUUGAGGACUGCAGUGGUUUCUGGAUCUUUAGUUCAGACAACUGGAAAAGGAGCUUCUGGUUCUUUUAAAAUGUCAGCUGUGGAACUUCAGAUGCCAAAAAUUGAAGUGAAAAGAGUUAAGAAAAACAGGGUCAGUGGAUUGAAAAGAAAGAGGCUGGUUAAGUUGACUGAGAAGGACAACAAAAUUUCGAAGAUAUCAAAAACUAGCAAAAUUUCGAGAAUCACUGCUUCUACGGGUCCAUCAAAAGCCGUGAAGAUUUUUGGUUUACCGAAUACUAAACUCGUCGCUCCGAUUCGAAUGAUCAAAACUGGACCGAAAAUGACUUUUAACCUCAAGAAGUAA